UCAAGGAAAAUGCUAAAAUAGUAAUUACAUGGAAUAUCCCAGAAGGUAUGACAAUGACACAGUGUUGAUAUCUUUAGCCGAUAACUUGUGAAAUUUUGUAAAAUUACUAAAAUAUCUACCAUCUAAUCAUUUUUAUUUGUAUAAUGUCUGUGACAUAAAUUCAAAACAGCUUUACAGAAAAACAUACUGCUGUGUCAUUAAUUAUGUUAAAGACCCUGUACAGCAGUUGAGUACAUUUUUCUAUAAUGCCUUGAUAUUUUUGGUUUUAGGACCCCAGUGAUUAAGCUGAAGGGUAGCUGUGAACAAUCUGAGGUCUAUAAAACUAUUCUAUCUUAAUGGAAAAUAAAACGUAUAUUUACUUUAUGUUGUUUAAAAAUCUUGGGCAUAUAAGAUAUGCUUUGUUCACUUUGGGGUUUGUUUUAUACGGUGUGAUCAUAAUUCUAAAUGUCCUUAUUAUUCUUGCAAUAUGUUUGGAAAGGACAUUACACCAGCCCAUGUACAUUCUGAUUUCAUGUAUGUCCUUUAACUCUUUGUAUGGUACAGCUGCCUUUUUUCCAAGGGUGUUGUCAGACUUGCUGUCUGAUACAAACAUAAUCUCCCCUGAAGCAUGCAUCAUCCAGUGUUUUGUCAUUUUCUCAUAUAUAGCAAAUGAGUUUGCAACAUUAAUGUUAAUGGCAUUUGACAGAUUUGUUGCAAUAAGUAAACCUUUACAUUACCAUAACAUAGUUACUUUGAGGGUACUAACUAUUUUAAUUUGUUUAAACUGGAUUUUUCCAAUGCUUUGUCUUGCUAUCUCAGGUCUUUUAACUGCCAGACUGACAAUGUGUGAUAACAAACUUUGGAAGGUGUACUGUCACAGUUAUGAACUUGUUAAGCUCUCUUGUACAAACAGUUUAAUUCUUAAUUUUUGGGGUUUUUUGUUAUUGAUUAUUUCUGCUGUUAUCCCAUUGUGUUUAAUAUUAUAUUCUUAUGUUAAAAUUCUUAUCAUUUGUCAAAAAAGCUCAUCACAGUUCAGAAGCAAAGCUUAUCAAACUUGUUUUCCACACAUAGUGAUUCUUGUAAAUUUCUCAAUUGGCAUUAUUUGUGAAGUCACAUUAAGUCGCAUUGUGAAUUUAGAAAUGCCAACAUGGCUAUCAGUUUUUCUUUCACUGGAUGUUCUUGUUGUACCACCAAUCCUUAACCCACUUGUUUAUGCUUUAAACUUCACUGAUAUUCGCAGAAAAAUUAUUUGCUUUAUAAAGGCAACCAGGUAGAUGUGCUGAUGUGAUCAAAUAAAUAAAUAAAAUGUUACACAGGAUGUUCAGAUUGAUUAAAUGGAUUGUAACACUAAAUGCAAAUCCAAAAUUCACUUAACCCUCUUUAAUUGUAAAGUUUUAAAUUAAAAGUUCUUUCAAAUAACUGGCUUA